GAUCCAAAGAAGGAAAAAUGUCAUUUAUGGGAAUGGAUUGAUGAAGAUGAAGAAGUUAUAACAAAGAACAAGAAUAAGAAAGAUGAAACGCAUGAACACUCCAGUGAGGUGAAAAUUGCAAUAUUGGAACAUGAUUUCAGUGUCUACAAGGUGAAGAUUGAUAAGGAAUCUAAGGGCGAGUUUGGUUCGUAG